AUGUCCAAAUCACUAAACGGUACGUCACCUCGCCACCCCUGCACUAUUUCGUUGUAACACGUCUUUCUCACGAUGAAUAUAGUCUUCAAACAACCCCUCUCCCUCCACAGCACCUCCCCGAUGACCGGCUACCUCCGCAACGGCUACUGCGAAGUCCCCGCCGGCGACUUCGGCAACCACGCCGUCGCAGCAGAAGUCACGGAAGAGUUCCUCGACUUUAGCGCAAGGCAAGGAAACGACCUGCGUCCUGUCCCCGGAAUGAAGGAAGGCUGCAAAUGGUGUCUAUGUGCAUCGCGGUGGUUGGAAGCAUUCGAGGCACGAAAGAGAGAGCCCGCCGGGGAUAGGAUUGUUCCCAAGGUGUUUUUGAAUGCUACGAAUGAGAAAGCGUUGGGUAAGAUUAACUUGGAAGAUUUGAAGGCUUUUGCUGCGGAUAAGGAAUAG